CGAUGAACCACGAGAACGUCGAAGCGCUCUUGGCGACGCUGUCGGCCCGCGGGACAAAGCUCUCGGACAGCCUCUCGAGCAUGAACAUCAACCUCAAGACCAUCCGGCACUCGCUCAGCACUGCCGCCAAGUGGCGACAACUCGGCUACAGCCCGUUUGUGCCGGACGCCGCGGGCUUUACGGCGCUCCACCGCGCUGCACUCAAGGGCGACGCGACGCUCAUCAAGUCGCUCCUCGGGACGUACGAGGGCAACCUCGUCGACUUUUGUCUCUUGGGCACCAAGAAGCAAGGCCACACCGCCAUGCACAUUGCGUGCAAGCACGGCCACGUCCCGGUCGUCAAGAUGCUACUGAGCGUGCCCCGGGGCGCGCAACUCCUCCUCGCCAGCGACGUCCACGGCAACACACCACUGCACUUUGCAGCGACGUCGUCAGCGCCCGAUGCAGGCCAUGUGCUCGAAGUGAUUUUACCGCACCUGCCGGCGGAUCGACUCAACGACUGCAACGGCCACAGUCUGAGUCCGCUCGCGGCUCAUAUCGUGACGGCGACCGUCGACCACGCCGAAGUGACGCGACUCUUUCUCGAGCGGCGCGUGGACCCCAACGCGUGGGUGCGCCGUGAGAAUACGCUCUUGCACGUCGCCGUGGAGCGCAAGCUCUGGAAGAUUGCGGGCGUCCUCGUCGAGUUUGGGGCCGAGUGGAACGUGCCCGACAACCAGAACCGCAUGGUCACCGACAUGGCGUCCGACAAGGAGCUUUCGUUUCUCGUCAAGUUUGUCGCCAACUGCAAGGAGUGGGCGACCGCGGUCCGGCUCGAGUGCCAAUCGUGCAGCCGCCGCUUCACGUUCUUCCGCCGCCGCCAUCACUGCCGCCUCUGCGGCCGCGUUCUCUGCGGAAAGUGCACCAAGCACCGUCGGCGGCUCUUCCUCAGCGGCAAGGACAAAGCCGCCGACGCCCGCGUCUGCCACGUGUGCGUCGCUGUCAUCCACGACGAACACAGCGGCAACAGCGCGACGGACGUGACGCUCGAUGACCCGACGAGCUUGCUCGAAGCGUCCGCCAUCAUGGGCGCAUCCGGCAACAUUAUUGGCACCCGAUCGGCCGUGCUUGAAGCGUCGGCCCUCGAACAAUCGACCUGUGUGAUGGAGGACGAGGCGUCGUACAGCCGCGUCGAGGCGUAG